AUGCGAGACCUCCUCCUCCCCGCCUCGUUACUCGUCGCCCUCGUAUCCGCGUCGCCAGUAUCACCGCCCCAACCGGAUCAAGUGGUACUCGAGGAACCGCAUCCAGAGAUCACGCCCACGGCUGUCCGACGCGAUGCCACCCGAACAUACAAUCGGCCGCGAGACAUAUUGAGCGAUCUCAACUCCGACAUACACGGCAUCUUGACUGCAUUGGGAUCGGAUGUACCAACAUACGUCGCCAGCGGCAUCCUUCCCUUCUUCCAGGAAUUUCCCACCGGCGGCGCCGUUGUCAGCUCGCUCGGGCUCAACGACCAGGAGCUCGCCGCAGUACCAACACAAGCGCUCAACUUCCCACCAUACGCAAACUAUACAGAUCAAGGAUGGAAUGUGCGAUUUCACGGGAACAUCUACAAGCAACCAAACACAUCGGAAGAGAAGCUCAACGAUCUGGCGAACAAGUUCUUGAUUGGUACUUCGAUUUCGCAGCUGCCAGCAGAUCAGGCUGCCAUGGCGAGAAAUGUGACCGCUGAGAUCUUCAUCGUUCAGCAAGGCAACGUCAAUGUGUCGCCAAUUGCCGUGGGACCGUUCAACAAUGGCCCAGGAAUGAGCCAAAAUGUCACUCUCCCGUCUGAGACAACAGACGAGGGUGACUACGAUGUCUUCCUGCCGAUCAAUAGCAAUGGAUUGAUGAGAGGAAAUGAGACACAACAGAUCCAAAAGCUGUCGACCCAUGUCACCAACACAACGGAAGGAAAUGGAACGGCAUACCUCGUCCCAGAUCAAGGCCUGACUGUCGUCUCCGACAUUGACGAUAUCCUGCGCGUCACCAAAAUCUACGAUCCCAAAGAAGGCCUUCUCAACUCCUUUGCUCGGCCAUACACGGUCUGGGAAAAUAUGGAUCAAAUCUACGCCAACUGGUCCAACAGCUUACCAAAUGCUCACUUCCACUACUUGACAACUCUACCUGAGCAAGUCACGCGAAGUUACGAGUCGUUCAUCUACGCCACGUACCCAGCUGGCUCCUUCGACACUCGUCCGUUGAACUUCAGCGAUGUCAGCGCUACGCUCAGCAUCCGACUUUUCCUCCUCGAGAAGAUCUUCCAUACUUUCCCGCAGCGAAAGUUUGUACUCGUCGCCGAUACGUCGAACAGUGAUGUGAUGCGGGACUAUCCACAGUGAGUAAAUCUUCAUGUUGAGCUAUGAGCCUUAUUGAUAUUGUAUGCAGAUUGGCACAUGACUACCCGGACCAAGUCCAAUGCAUCUUCCUCCGCAACACCAGCGCCACCGAUUCCGAAGACAAGUUCCCCUACAACACCGACGGCUUCAAAGGCCUGAACCAAACCAAAUACAUGUUCUUCGUGCAUGCCAACGAUCUCAUGGGCAUCAACAUCGCCGGAGAUACUUGCUACAACACGUCGAUACCGCAGAACGUGACCUUCGGAUACCAAGGACUGCCCGGCGGCCAGGAUACUGCUGUGAACAGCAGCGCGAACCAUACGGGCGGAGUCAGCACUUUGACCGUGAGUAAUGGAAUGACGUUCUUUGCGUUUAUCAGCAUGCUGUUUUGGCAACUUCUAUAA